AUGGUAUACAGAUAUCCCAUACCGAUAUUUGGUGGUUUCGUGCAGUAUCAAACCAAGUAUGUAACCGACGAAGCGAGUAUGCAGGAGGUGUUUUCAAUGUAUUUUGAAACUCGCGGUCAGAUAUCGGUGAUAGAGUUGUACAUCGAAUUCGAACAAUCUGAAGCGGACCGAAAUAUUGAAGGGGAAGAAUAUGAUAGUGACAGUGAGGAAGAGUUUGAAAGCAAUUACGAAGCUGUUGCUCCAGACGGAGAAGAAGAUCAAGGUGACGGGGUGGUGGCUCCAAAUGUGGGAGACGUUGCAAAUGCACUCGCAAACGAAGAUCUGUUUGAGGAGCCGUCCUUCAUGCGGGUUCUGGACUUGGAAGCCAUGCAUGCGCCGGAGUUUCCGGAAUAUAUGAGUGCUGAAAUUCCUAUGGUCGCAGAUGGUGAAUUUGCAAUCGGAAUGGAAUUCAGUUCUAAGGAAGCUGUUAUGAUGGCGGUGAAAGAUUAUACCAUCCGAAGAGGCGUAGACUACCGUGUGUAUGAGUCGGAGCCGUUGACCUUCUAUGCGAAGUGUACACAGUAUGGAUUAGGGUGUGAUUGGCUUAUCAGGGUUAGCAUGAUCAGCAGAAAGUAUUGUUGGGUUAUAAGAAGGUACAACGGUUCUCACACUUGUACUAGAGCCACUAUUUCUCAGGAUCAUUCGAAACUGGAUUCGAACACAAUUGCAGAAGCAAUAAAGCCGUUGGUUGAGGCUGACCCGUCGAUAAAGGUGAAAUCAGUUAUUGUGAAAGUGCAGUCGAAGUUCAAUUACACCAUCAGCUAUCGGAAAGCAUGGUUGGUGAAGCAAAAAGCAGUGGAAAAAAUAUUUGGAGGUUGGGAAGCAUCAUAUGAAGCUUUGCCUAUAUGGUUUGAGGCCAUGUGUAACAAGAAGCCAUCAGCAAUCGUCCAUUUCGAGACUAUGUCUGCAUAUCAAGGUGAUGAGGAAGUAACUGAUAUUCGGGAUGGUAACAAUAAUAUCGUCCCUAUUGCGUUUGCAAUUGUGGAGGGGGAGACUUCUGAUGCAUGUCACUUUUUCCUUAGUAACCUGCGACAACAUGUUGUGACUCGGGAUGGUGUGGGACUGAUUUCUGACAGGCACGAAUCCAUCAAUGCAGCUGUGGCCCGGAGCAACGGAGCUUGGUCGCCCCCGAGAGCACUCCACAUGUUUUGCAUCAGGCAUAUAGAGUCGAACUUUUUGAGAAAGUUCAAGGCACCGUACCUGCAAAAACUUGUGGUCAAUAUAGGUUAUUCGAGGAUGGUGCGCGAGUACGAAGUGCGCUACCAGCGUUUACGUGAACGGGGCGAGGCUUAUACAAACUGGCUUAACCGAAUCCCACACGAACAGUACGCGUUGGCGUUUGACGGUGGCUACCGCUGGGGUCACAUGACGACAAACCUAGUGGAAUGCAUCAACUUAGUGUUGAAGGGUGCAUGCAAUCUUCCUAUAACUGCAAUUGUCAAAGCCACAUUCUACAGGCUUAACGAGUUGUUCACUAGAAAAAGAACCGAGGCGGAGUCGCGGAUAACAGCUGGACAAGGUUUUUAUGAGGUUGUCACGUCAAAAUUGAAUGCAAAUCAACUUGCAUCAUCAAAAAUCCAGGUUAAUUGCUUCGACAGGAUGAAUGAGGUCUUUGAGGUUCGUGAGAUGCCAGGUGGAACUGAGUAUGCCGUCGACCUCCGUCGACAACGAUGUGACUGUGGUGAGUUCCAGGUGGAUCGGAUUCCCUGUCGACAUGUUUUUGCAUGUUGUGCGAAUCAGCAACUGGAUUGGCGAGUGUAUGUCCACGAAGUUUACAAGAUGGACCAAGUUCGGAAGGUUUACCGAGCUAGGUUUCGGCCACUGGGGAAUCCCACAACGUGGCCUGUGUACAGCAGCCCUCGAUUUGUCCCGAAUCCGAACCUGAGACGGGUGACGAAAGGUCGCCCGAGGAUGACACAUUUCUUGAACGAAAUGGACACACGAAUGUUACGUGCUCCUAGGCGUUGUAGGCAAUGUGGAGCCGAAGGACAGCCGAAGUAG